AUGGCUGACUUUUCACUACCGUGUUCUAACCAUUUCCGCCAGUUCACUCGUGAAUCUUUAGCUGCUAUUGAGAAGCGAAUUGCUGCCAACAAGAAAUACAAAGACAACCAACCUAAAGAGAAACCUCGUCCCCAACUUGACCUGCAGGUUUUCCAAAAGCUGCCUACUCUCUAUGGGAAUCCUCCUCAUGAGCUUGUUGGGAAACCACUGGAGGAUCUUGACCCUUAUUACAAUGAUCACAAGACAUUUAUGGUACUGAACAAAAGGAAAACAAUCUUCCGAUUUACUGCCACACGUGCCUUGUGUAUACUUAGCCCUUUUAAUCCAAUCAGAAGAGCAGUGAUUAAAAUUUUGGUACAUUCAUUGUUCACUGUUUUUAUUAUGUGCACUAUUUUAACCAAUUGUGUCUUCAUGGCUAAAUUUGAGAUUCCUAGGAAGUCUAAUUCUAAGUCAUCUUUACCUUCUUCAUGGAACAAGUAUGUCGAGUACACUUUCACUGGCAUUUACACUUUUGAAGUAUUGAUAAAAAUAUUGGCAAGAGGAUUCUGUCUGAAUGAAUUCACUUUCCUUCGAGAUCCGUGGAAUUGGUUUGAUAUCAGUGUCAUUGCUAUGGCAUAUGCAGGGGAGUUUAGUAAUAUAGGCAAUGUUUCGGUCCUUCGUACAUUCAGGGUUCUGAGAGCUUUAAAAACUAUUUCAAUACUCCCAGGACUGAAGGUCAUCGUAGGUACACUUAUUCAGUCUAUUAAGAAACUUGCUGAUGUGAUGAUCCUGACUGCUUUCUGCUUGAGUGUCUUUGCCCUCAUAGGCCUCCAGCUCUUUAAAGGCAAUUUGAGACAUAAGUGUGUCAGGAAUUUUAACUCCACCAAUGGAACUAUUUAUUUGGAUGACAAAAAAUGGGGCUCCUUUGAUGAGUUUAUUAAUGAUUCAGAAAAUGUUUUCAAGAAGAAUGGCACCAAGGAUCCUUUAUUGUGUGGCAACAGCUCAGAUGCUGGCUCCUGUCCAGAUAAAUAUGUAUGUCUCAAAGUUGGGGAAAAUCCUGAUUUUAACUACACAAGUUUUGAUACAUUUGGCUGGGCCUUUCUUUCCUUGUUCCGCCUGAUGACACAAGAUUACUGGGAGCGUCUCUAUCAACAGACUCUCAGAGCUUCUGGGAAGAUCUACAUACUCUUUUUUGUGCUGGUCAUCUUUUUGGGCUCAUUUUAUCUGAUCAACUUGAUCCUGGCUGUAGUGACUAUGGCAUAUGAAGAGCAGAACAAAGCUACUAUUGCUGAAACUGAGGCAAAGGAAAGGAAGUUUCAGGAAGCCAUGGAACUGUUGAAAAAAGAGCAAGAGGCAUUGGCUGCUAAAGGAAAUGAUACAAAGUCACUUUGCUCCUUUGAAAUGUCACCUUUACCCUCCAAAGAAGUCAAAGAUAGAAGCAAUAGGAGAAAUAAAAAUAUGUCCUUAGGGAGAGAAGAUUAUGGGGAAGCUCAAAAAGUUCCCAAAUCACAGUCCAGUAGCCGUCAACAAAACUUGACUCCUGUAUGUGAUGAAGUGAGCAAGAAGCAUUUGCCUCAUCAUCUGUCAGUGGACUAUUUUAAUGAGCCACUACAAAGUCAAAGGACAACUGGGGCAGUCAGUACCAUUACCUGUGUCCUGGAGGAACUUGAAGAAUCACAACAGAAAUGCCCUCCCUGCUUGAAGAAUUUUGCCCUAAAAUAUCUUAUUUGGGACUGUUGUCCUCUGUGGUUGAGAAUCAAGAAAAAGGUGACAAUUUUAGUAAUGGAUCCAUUUACUGACCUCACUAUCACUCUUUGCAUCGUGAUGAAUACUAUCUUCAUGGCACUGGAGCACUAUAAGAUGACAAGAAGUUUAAAAUUCAUGCUUGACGUAGGCAACAAGGUCUUUACUGGAAUUUUUACUGCAGAAGUGAUCUUGAAAAUCAUUGCUCUAGAUCCCUACUACUAUUUUCAGCAGCGCUGGAAUAUUUUUGACAGCAUAAUUGUCACCGUAAGCUUAAUUGACCUGAGUGUAUACACCAAAGCUAAAGAAAGAAAAGAACGGGGAAACCUGUUAGUUUUACGUUCCUUCAAACUGCUGAGGGUCUUCAAACUGGCAAAGUCCUGGACAACUUUGAAUACACUUAUUAAAAUCAUUGGUAACUCAGUGAGUGCCAUGGGUAACCUUACCCUGGUUCUGGCAAUCAUAGUCUUUAUUUUUGCUGUAUUAGGAACGCAACUUUUUGGUAAAAGCUACAAAGAACAUUGCUGUAAAAUAAGUGAUGAUUGCAAGCCACGUUGGCAUAUGAUGGAUUUUUUCCACUCAUUCCUUAUUAUAUUCCGAAUUCUGUGUGGAGAAUGGCUUGAAACCAUGUGGGAUUGUAUGGUGGUAGAUGGGCAACCGUUAUGCCUUAUUGUCUUCUUGCUGACCAUGGUGAUAGGAAACCUAGUGGUUCUCAACCUGUUCAUUGCACUACUGCUGAACUCCUUCAGUGCUGACAACCUCCAAGCACCCGAAGAAGAUGCAGAGAUGAACAACCUUCAGAUUGCAUUUGCUCGGAUCCACAAAGGACUUCGCUUGCUGAAACACGCAAUAUGGGAUUACUGUUGUGGAAAGCUCUGGCAACCAAAGAAAAUCACCAAAAAGAAAAUGAAAUUGGCUGCUGAGAACACAUGUGUGGAGAUUGGGAAAGAAGGGAAGAAUUGUAAAGAAAAUCACAGUGACAGUCUGACAGAGAAGAAUGGAGAGAAAUGCUCCGUUAGCAUUCUUGAAGAUUUUAUCACCAACCCCAACAUGUUUGUCUGCGUCCCUCUUGCUGAUGCAGAAUCUGAUAGUGAGGACUAUGAAGAUGAUGAUAAUAAUUCAAGUAAAUUCACAGAAAUGGAAUACAGUAAACAGCAGGAAAACCACCUGAGACAGAGGGGAGAGCAAUGUAAGAGACCUGGAGCUUGGUGUAAAGGAUCUGAGAUUUCCUCUAAAGACUUAAGUGAGUUUAACAUAGAUAAACAGUGGAAGGCUGGAUCAUCAUCUCUACUACAAAAAGAGCUUGAUGACAUCAGCUGUUCUGAAGGCAGCACAGUGGAUCUGACAAAUCCUGAGGAGCUUCUGAAACAGAUUCCUGAGCUGGCUGAAUACUUAAAGAAACCUGAUAACUGUUUUCCAGACGGCUGUAUUCGACGUUCCCCUUGCUGUUCAGUGAAUACCACAAAGUUUCCAGGCAAAACAUGGUGGAACCUGAGGAAAACAUGCUACAAAAUUGUUGAACACGACUGGUUCGAAAGCUUUAUCAUAUUCAUGAUUCUGCUAAGCAGUGGAAGUCUGGCAUUUGAAGAUAUACAUCUUGAGAAAAGAAAAAACAUUAAAAUUAUGUUGGAAUUUUUUGAUAAAAUCUUCACUUACAUCUUUGUCCUGGAGAUGUUUCUGAAAUGGGUGGCUUAUGGCUUCAAGAAAUAUUUCACCAAUGCCUGGUGUUGGCUUGACUUCCUAAUUGUAGGUGUCUCUUUAGCAAGCCUUAUAGCCAGCUCACUUGGAAAUACCGAAAUGGGACCCAUGAAAUCCCUUAAAACCCUGAGAGCCUUGAGACCAUUAAGGGCAUUGUCACAAUUUGAAGGGAUGAGGGUGGUGGUGAAUGCCUUAGUAGGUGCCAUCCCUUCCAUCAUGAACGUUGUGCUUGUCUGCCUCAUUUUUUGGCUCGUUUUUAGUAUCAUGGGAGUGCACCUAUUUGCAGGAAAAUUUGGAAAAUGCGUUAACUUGACUGAAGGAAAAUCAGAAUUAAAUACAAGUAUUAAGAACAAACAGAAUUGCACAGCCUAUAAUGAGACACAAAAAAUGUAUUGGACAAAUGGUAAAGUCAACUUUGAUAAUGUUGGUUCUGGUUAUCUGGCUCUUCUUCAGGUGGCAACAUUUAAAGGUUGGACAGACAUUAUGUAUGCAGCAGUAGAUUCACGAGGGGUAGAAAAACAGCCAAAGAAGGAAAAUAAUCCGUACAUGUACCUCUAUUUUGUGGUUUUCAUCAUCUUUGGAUCUUUCUUCACACUGAAUCUCUUUGUUGGUGUCAUUAUUGACAAUUUUAACCAACAAAAGAAAAAGAUAAGUAGACAAGACAUCUUUAUGACAGAAGAACAGAGAAAAUAUUAUAACGCAAUGAAAAAACUGGGAUCCAAGAAACCCCAAAAACCCAUCCCAAGGCCAUUGAACAAAUACCAAGGGUUUUUUUUUGACAUUGUAACAAGCGAAGCCUUUGAUAUUAUCAUCAUGAUACUCAUCUGCCUUAACAUGAUCACUAUGAUGGUGGAAACUGAUGAUCAAAGUAUAAGGAAGACUGACAUUCUUAACAAAAUCAACAUGUUCUUUGUUGCCAUCUUUACUGUAGAAUGCAUCGUGAAAUUGUUGGCUCUGAGACACUACUAUUUCACCAAUGGCUGGAACAUAUUUGAUUUAAGUGUGAUCAUUAUGUCUGUAGUUGGCACUCUGCUUUCUCACAUUGUUAAUGCAUUUGAAAAUUACUUCUCACCUACACUCUUCAGAGUCAUUCGGUUGGCUCAGAUUGGACGAAUACUAAGACUUGUCCAAGCUGCCAAAGGAAUUAGAACUCUCCUUUUUGCCUUAAUGAUGUCCCUUCCUGCUUUGUUCAACAUUGGCCUCUUACUUUUUCUGGUCAUGUUUAUUUACGCCAUUUUUGGCAUGGCUAACUUUGCUUAUGUUCAGUGGGAGAGUGGGAUUGAUGACAUGUUCAACUUCCAAACCUUUGCUAAUAGCAUGCUCUGUCUCUUCCAAAUGACAACAUCUGCUGGCUGGGAUGGUCUUCUCAGUCCUAUUUUAAACACUGAACCUCCGUUUUGUGAUCCAAACAUACGAAAUGUUGUGGGAGAAUGUGGUAAACCUGUUGUGGGUAUUAUUUUCUUUGUAAGUUACAUCAUUAUAUCAUUUCUCAUUGUUGUAAACAUGUAUAUAGCUGUUAUUUUAGAGAACUUCAAUGUUGCCACUGAGGAAAGUACAGUUCCUGUGGGUGAAGAUGACUUUGAUAUGUUUUAUAAAAUCUGGGAGAAGUUUGAUCCUGAAGCAACUCAAUUUAUUGAGUAUUCUGUACUUUCAGACUUUGCAGAUGCUUUGGCAGAACCUUUACGCAUAGCAAAACCAAACAAAAUUAAACUCAUAGCCAUGGACCUUCCCUUGGCCAGCGGAGAUAGGAUCCACUGUUUGGAUAUUUUGUUUGCUUUUACCAAACGGGUGCUAGGAGAAUCUGGGGAAAUGGACAAACUAAAAGAACAGACAGAGGAAAAGUUUAUGGCUGCCAAUCCAUCCAGGUUUUUUCAUGAACCAAUCACAACCACGCUCAGACACAAAGAAGAGGAGGUUUCUGCCAUUAUUAUCCAGAGGGCCUAUCGGAGUCAUUUGAUUCAACGGUCCAUGAAGCAGGCCUCUCUCUUAUAUCACAGAACUUGUGAUGGUGACAUCCUUGAAGAUGCUUCACAGAAGGAAGGUCUCAUUGCAUUCAUGAUGAAUGAAAAUUAUGGUAGGAAUCUAGACAAGUCCGAGACUGUGUCCUCAACAUCUUUCCCUCCAUCCUAUAACAGUGUCACUGGGGAUACUAAUGACAACCUCCAGGUAAAGACGGCAGACUCUUCCAAAUGUGAUGUACCUAUAGGUUGUCAGCUAUCUCCAGACAAAGAUAAAGAAUCCAUUGUUUAAUAAUUUGUUAAUAAUGCUUUAAAAUAUUCACAGAAUAUAAUGAUGUAAAUAUAUA